AUGUUGCAUCGUGUAUUUUGUUUGCUGACUUUGCUGCUGAGUGUUGUUGUCUGUGUUUCUGUGUCAGCUCAGGGGGUUCAUCCUUCUCAAGCACCCUCUCAGGUUUCAGUUAACGGUCCUGCUUUUUCGCAUCUCGCUGGUGCUACUGAUGAAAAGGUAGGCUCUCACGGUUCUGGCGUUACUCCAUAUCCUGGUCCUAUUCCUGCUGCUGGCAUUCCUGGUCAUGGUGUUUCUCCUGCACCUGUUGGCUCUCAUCCUGGUGGAGCCAAAGCCGUUGCUGGUGUGCCAGGUAUUGAUGAUAAACCUCAAGUUGAUGUUCUUGUUUCUUCUGUAAAUCCUGGGGCUCACCCUGGUCCUGGUUUCACGUAUGAUAAUUGCACUUCUAUUAUUAUUGGUGAUAAUGGCAAGAGGAAUAACAGUCAUUGUGUUCCGGAAUCUUCUACAACCUCUCGUGUUGCCGCUACUGUUAACCAGGUUCCGAGUGGUGCUGGUGCAGUUGCUCCUGGUGCUCCCGCUGCUAUUCAUGGGCAUCCUGAUUUUUCUGGUUUUCAGGAAAGAGCUCUACAAAGAGAACCUGAUGCUGGUGCUGGCGGUCAAAUGGGGCCAGGGGUUGGACUUGCCCCUGGCGUUGCUGUUAAUCUUCCACAAGGUGAAAAGGCUAAACCUCCUGUUAAUCGUGAAGCCCUGGUACGUGAUACCAAUUCUCUAGAUGCAUCUCCACAGGCUCCUUCUAAUACUGCUGGUGUGCGUAAUCAUGGUGCAGUUGGUGCUAAUGCUGUUGCUGCUAUUCCUGGAUUUCCCGGUGGUUAUUCUGAUGCUGGUAUUGCUGCCACCAGUCUUAUUUCUCCUACGACGCCACUUGGUUCUCACCCCGGUGCAGGUCCUGUUGUUUCUCAGAGUAAUGCACAAGUAUCUGGUUCUGCAAACACGCAAAGUGGAGAAAGUGAUAAUCAAACAGAGAAUACUAUGGAAUCAUCAACUUCUGAAGUAAGGGUUGCAACGGCUAAUCCAGGAAAGGGA